CUUCGCAGCCGAUAUAAAUAAAGACCGUCGCGAAGCGAAGAAGAAGAAGGCGGAGGAGGGCUGUUGUCAGGUGGAUGCUGCGGCGGAGGCCUCCUCUCCUGCAGCCCUGCCUAGAUUAUUCCUCAGAGGGAAAGAUCUAUUGGAGAGAAGGGGAGCAGUAUUCCUGAGGCGGCGGCGGCGGGGAGGAGGGGGAUUCUCCUCAGAAGAAGAGGCCAUUUUCCCUGAUGCCGAGGCAUGGAUAGGGCAGCGCCGCCACCGCCGAGGAUGGGCGAGAAGAAGAAGGGCGGGCGGGCCAAGGAGGAGGAGGCCGAGGGAGGCCGAGGAGGAGGCCGAGGAAGAGGAGGAGGCCAAGGCGGAGGGAGGCCGGCCUGCGCGGCGCAGCAAUGCGGGCAGCUGCAGGACCUCAUCGACAUCUCCCUCUCCAGCCUGCAAGGCCUUCGCACCAAGUGCGCCGCCUCCAACGACCUCACGCAGCACGAGAUCCGCGCCCUGGAGGUGAAACUGGUCCGCUACAUCGGCAUCCAGCUGCAGUGCAAGUUGAGUGUCCCUCCGAGCGACAGGUCAGCAGAGCUGAAUAGCUACCCAAGGUUCAGCGACUGGCUAUAUCUUGUCAACCUGAGGAAAGACGUCGUGCAGAGGAUACCAGAAGAUUUGACCCUCGAUGCCUUACUGGAAAUGAAUGAGUCAAAAGUGAAAGACACCAUGAAGAGGUGUGGAGCCAGCCCAGAGGAGUGCUCUCGGCUCAAUGGGGCCCUCGCUUGCUUGCGGAAAGUGACCCGAACAGGCGGAGAGUAUAAAGAAGAUGUGGUGUGGAAUUCCUCCGAGGUGCGCCGAGAAGCCAGCCUGAUGCCUCCUUCUGAACUCUCCCCUUGCCCCACGGUCGUCACCUGGACGCAUGGCAGCCUGGCGCCGUUGAAGGGCAAUGGCUCGCAGCCCCGCUCCAUCUCUGUGUCGACGAUCUCCUCUUCAGACAACUGCUCCUCCGGCCAAGGGACCCCUGCCUGUGCGGACAACCUCUUGGAGUCGUUUGCCUUCCCCACCCAUUGCGGGAGGCGCAACCUUAGGACUCCUCACAGCAUCACCAUCACGCCCCCCACCACGCCCCAGCUCAAGAGGGGGAAGCCCCCACGGACCCCUCCUCCGCCGAGCCGGAAGGUGUUCCAGCUGCUGCCCAACUUCCCAACCCUCACCAGGAGCAAAUCCCACGAAUCUCAGCUUGGCAACAGGAUUGAUGAAGUCCCUGCUAUGAAGUUUGAUGUCCCCCAGGGAUCCCCCCAGACGGUACGAAGAGACAUUGGUUUGGCUGUAACACACAGAUUCUCAACAAAGUCGUGGCUGUCUCAGGUGUGCCAGGUGUGUCAGAAAAGCAUGAUGUUUGGAGUGAAAUGUAAACACUGCAGGUUGAAGUGUCAUAACAAAUGUACAAAAGAAGCCCCACCUUGCAGAAUAUCUUUCUUACCCAUACCGCGAUUACGGAGGACAGAGUCUGUCCCUUCUGAUAUCAACAAUCCAGUGGAUCGACCUUCGGAACCCCAGUUUGGGACACUUCCGAAAGCACUAACUAAGAAGGACCACCCCCCAGCGAUGAACCACCUGGACUCCAGCAGCAACCCUUCGUCCACCACCUCUUCCACGCCUUCUUCCCCAGCUCCCUUCCAGUCGUCCAACCCUCCCAGUGCAACACCGCCCCCAAACCAGUCUCCCAUGGGGCAGCGAGACAGCCGCUUCAACUUCCCAGCUGCCUACUACAUUCAGCAUAGACAACAGUUUAUCUUCCCAGAAAUACCCAAUCCUCCGCAAGUGAUACAGCCUCCUGAAACUACUGAAUGUACUAAUGCUGCUGAACAUCUAGAGGCAGAUGGCAUUGAGGAAUGUGAUGCAGAAGAGGUAAACAUCUCCCUCUUUUAUUUUAUGUUUAUGUUGUUUACGUUGUAUGUAUUGAUGGUGUUACUUGGAAAAUGCUCUGAGUCCCCUCGGGGAGAUAGAGCGUGCUGUCCUCUCCCCUCUGUCUUUUCCUUUCUUUUCCUUUCCUUCCUUACAAAAGCUGCCUACUACAUUCAGCAUAGACAACAGUUUAUCUUCCCAGAAAUACCCAAUCCUCCGCAAGUGAUACAGCCUCCUGAAACUACUGAAUGUACUAAUGCUGCUGAACAUCUAGAGGCAGAUGGCAUUGAGGAAUGUGAUGCAGAAGAGCAUGCGGAAGACCAAGAGCCAAACAAGUCGGAAGCAGAAGAUGACGAUGACGAGAUCGAUGACCUGCCCAGCCGGCGGAGUCGCUGGCGAGGGAUGAUUUGCCGCAAAGGCAGCCAGACGAGCGUCUACCUGCAGGAGUGGGACAUCCCCUUUGAGCAGAUCGAACUAGGGGACCCAAUUGGCCAAGGACGCUGGGGCAAAGUUUACCGGGGCAGGUGGCACGGAGAAGUGGCCAUCCGAUUGUUGGAAAUUGAUGGGAACAAUCAGGACCACCUGAAGCUUUUCAAGAAGGAGGUGAUGAAUUACCGACAAACCAGACAUGAGAAUGUGGUGCUCUUCAUGGGGGCUUGCAUGAACCCCCCGCACCUAGCAAUUAUUACAAGUUUCUGCAAAGGAAGGACACUUCAUUCAUUCGUAAGAGACCCCAAAAUAUCUCUGGAUAUUAACAAGACCAGGCAGAUAGCCCAGGAGAUUAUUAAGGGCAUGGGGUACCUUCACGCAAAAGGGAUUGUUCACAAAGAUCUCAAAUCCAAGAACAUUUUCUAUGAAAACGGCAAAGUGGUGAUCACCGACUUUGGCCUGUUUGGAAUUUCUGGUGUUGUUCAGGAGGGAAGGCGUGAGAACGAACUGAAGCUGCCACACGAUUGGCUCUGCUACCUGUCUCCAGAGAUUGUGCGUGAAAUGGCUCCUGGGAAGGAUGAAGAUAAGCUUCCUUUCUCUAAAGCUGCUGAUGUCUAUGCUUUUGGGACUGUGUGGUACGAGCUCCAAGCUAGAGAGUGGCCAUAUAAGAGCCAGCCAGCAGAGGCCCUGAUCUGGCAGAUCGGGAGCGGUGAAGGAAUGAAGCAGGUCCUGUCUUCAAGCAGCCUGGGAAAAGAAGUCGGCGAAAUCCUCUCCGCAUGUUGGUCUUUUGAUGUCAACGAGCGCCCCAGCUUCACGCUUCUGAUGGACAUGCUGGAAAAGUUGCCAAAGCUCAACCGGAGGCUCUCUCAUCCAGGACACUUCUGGAAAUCAGCCGACAUUAACAGUAGCAAAGGUGUCAUCCGGUUUGAACGGUUUGCCUUGGGAGAUUUGGAAUCGAGUAAUCAAAAGAUAUAGCUUGGUGUGUUUUCAAUAGUCGUUUAUUCCUAACCGUUGUCCGUGUCGCUUGCACGCCUGGAAAAAGCUACCGGAGACCUCCGUGGAAGCUUCCCAAAGCACGGAAGGGGCGCGCUGAGCCAUUCCUGCCCCGCUCGCCAGUGAGAUCUCACUUCUGUUGUGGUUCUUCUGCCCUCUUAAAAAGAAUUGUUUACAUUCUAAUGGCUUUUCUUUCCUGUGUGAAUUGUAUUUUUUCCAUGGGUAAUAAUAAAUGUGAUAUAAGUUUUUUUAAAGUUUUUUUUAAUUUAUGUACAAAUGGAAGUGUUGUAAGCAAUCUGCUCGUAUAAUAGUUUGGUUUUCAUCUGUGAAGAAGUUCUCGGAGAUUUUGGAACAUUUGAAGUGACGGUUGCACAUCACAGAAGGAAAAAAACAAAACACGAGAAUCGGUUUGACACUGCCGGGGUUUGUCUCACGUUUCUCCCAAACGGAUCCUGGGAAUGUUGUGAAGAGGUGGGUAAACCCUUGCCGCCUUUACGGAAAGAUGUGUUCUUUGUCUUCUCUGUGGAGUUUGAAAGCGAUGUGAAGUGGAGUGGACGGUCCUCGGAUAAGAGAGGACAACAAUGGAGGGCUGGGCUUAGCUCAGAACCUAGUGCAAUGAAACGGACUCCCAUUAUGACUGGAAUUGUUUUGUGGUUUGUGUUUUUGUGACAUGGUUUGAAGCAUGAAAUGUGAUGUAUGGCAUCGAUGUUUGUAUCAUGGUUGAAAAUAUUUUAGAAAACAAGCUUCUACCUCUCAUCAUUUUGGGGGGUUGGGGUGGGACGUCUUGGGGGAGGAGGGGGCAUCUAAAAUAGUGAAGUUUUCCAGAA